AAGGUAAUCCAGUUCGUGUCGAAUAAAUAUCCACCUAGCGACGGGUUAGGCGCAUUUCCAUGGUAACGGACGUGUUAUUGAUAUCCGACGUUUCCGACGUGGGGACGCAGGGAGUUUCUAAAGUUUCAGUUUUUGCUCCUGGUACCGGUCGUCAGGUAGUGUAAAAAUAUAUGAGAAAUAUGGAAGUCGGAAAAACAGUACCAGUAUAUUCGUCUAUGGGAACUGGUACUAGUGCGGAUAUACGUGAACAAGCGACGGAUCAAGAAUUGAAGAAGAUACUUGCUGUUUCACUCAUUGAAAAAGUUUACUUAACAUACCGGGAUCGACAGAUGUUUACAUUGUUAAAACAUGCCAUUUGUGCCGCAGAGCAAUCAUGGACACAUGACUUUUUACGUAAAAUCAGUCCAUUGGAGGCUGCUUUACUUAGAGAUCCAAGUGUAAAGGCAAGAGUUCGGUUGCGAUUUGCUGGAACAGAAUUUCCACCAAUUAUAGUUUUUAAAAUAUUUUUAGUUGGAGAUGGAACGAAAUAUAUAUCAGGAAGAAAAAUAAUUCAGCCUGCAUCGUCAGCCGCCUCUGAUGCAUGUCAUUUGAUGGGUCACAGAAAAUUUUAUGAUCAGAUGAUUGUCGAUGCAUGUCAGUACGAAAAAUAUAAAAUAAUUGAUGAAAUUGAUGUCACUACUAUGCAAGAUUAUAUGCAGUAUCUCAGUAACAUGGAUGAGACUCCUUCUUAUCUUGGAGGCAAAGAAAACUACUGGCGUCAAUUGACACUUGAAGCACUGCCCCGACAAAGUAUUAUGUAUGAUAUUGUGGAAUACCUUCAAACAAAAUCUCCCAGCGACAGAUUACGAAGUGAAUUGCCUACAAUGAUGUCACGACCUGUAACCCAAGAAGUUCAACUGCAACAUAUUCGUGCAAUAUCAAGAUUACAGACUCCUUUAGAUUUAUUAUCUGCACAACAUCAUGUUAUCACAGCCCGCAGUGUAACACCAUCCUCUCAAACACAGAGACGUUCUGUACAAGCAAGAAGGCGGGUGUCAAGAAUGAGAAAGCUUUAUGGACUCGAAUCAGCUCCAAGUCAGACUUUAGAUUCAGUUCCCCAAGAGUCUUCUGAUCAAAAUGAUGCUUUUGGUGUUAGGGGAGAUUCCUCACAAUUCAAACCAUCACUGGCCAUGGAGUAUGCCGAUUAUGCAGAUGCUCGUUUAUCAGAGGAAGAAGAGACAGCACUCAGACAAAGUAUACUGCCGUCUUCUGGUGCUGUAGACCGUGAUGUCGAUGACCAAGAGGCAAAAGAACUGUUCCAAUGGACGCAAGAACUUAAUUUUGAAGACGUAAGCCGGGCUCUCAAUAGCAGUCAUUCUCAUGCGGAAUCACAGCCUCGCUCAACUUCUUGGCCAGCGAGACCUAUUCGAACUGCAUCAGGAUUAUGACCUAGAGAUUCACCCUAUAAAUUGCAUUGAAUAUUUUUCUUGUUAACUAUAUUUUUUCUUAGAGCUAACCAUGCUUUCUAAUCUUUCAUCAAACUUUUCCGAUACCUUGUUUAUUAAAUUUUUUUCAA